CCAAGUUGGCCGUCGUCUGCGCAUCCCACACCCUACGAGAUCUUUGGGCUGGCACGGGAUGGGCCAUAUGAGAAGGCACGAUUUUUCCAGCUUGUGAAGCUCUACCAUCCCGAUCGCCGCCACCACACCUCGGGUGAUGGUAUCCCGCACCCGACGAAGCUCGAGCGCUACCGCCUUGUCGUGGCCGCCAACGAGAUUCUGAGCAAUCCCCACAAACGUCGCAUGUACGACAUAUACGGCAUUGGCUGGGUUAAUGAAUCUGACCCUCGGGCUCGUUAUCGUGCGGCGGAUCGAGCAUGGCGGCAGGCACCGGGAAACGCGAGCAUGAACGCCACCUGGGAAGAUUGGGAGCGGUGGAGGCAGCAGCGCGACGGCAAUGGUGAAAAGCAAGAGCCCAUCUUUACAUCGAACGGCGCUUUCGCGAGCAUCAUCCUGCUGUUCAUGUUUAUCGGUUCGUGGGGUCAUAUUACAAGGGCUGGCGCAAGGUCGAUGCACGCGCUCGACAUGCGGGAGGAGCGACACGCAGCUAUCAGCAGGGACAUGCGUCGUCGUCAAAGCGAGACGGCUGGACUUAACCGAGAGGGCAGGGUCCAAACCUUUCUACGACAGCGUGAGCUGGAAAAUUGGACGCACGACCUGCCAGGCCAGGCAAUAUCUGACGGCAGCGGUCCU